UGAUAAGUUAGCCAGUCAUACGUAAACACAUCAGUUAUUACAAAAUUCGGGAAUAGACAAUUAAUAAGAAUGUUCCAGCAGGAAUAAUUUUAGUGUAUGGAAUAGCAGUAAUGUUCUAAAUCGUUAUAUAGUUUCACUUUCAUAAAGCAAAGAAAAUGUCUGACUUGGGCGAUUGGUUUAGGAGCGUUCCUCAAUUUACACGUUAUUGGUUCGCUGGAUCUAUAAUAUUCACCCUAUUAGGGCGAUUUGGUUUUGUAAGUCCUUACACUCUCAUUUUAUUAUACGAGCCGUUAAAAAAUUUCCAAAUAUGGAGGCUUGCAACAUGUGUCCUGUACUACCCCAUUCAACAAGCAGGAUUUCACUAUCUCAUCAACCUUUAUUUCCUUUACAAUUAUUCGAGGCGUUUAGAAGAAGGAGUGUACGCAGGUAAACCUGCUGAUUAUCUUCUCAUGUUAAUCUUCAAUUGGACAUGCUGCGUUAUACUCGGAUUAAUAGCGGAAUUACCGAUUUUAAUGGACCCCAUGAUACUUUCAGUUUUGUAUGUGUGGUGUCAACUCAACAAAAACACGAUUGUAUCAUUUUGGUUCGGUACUCGCUUCAAAGCUCUGUACCUACCUUGGGUACUUCUCGCGUUCAACAUGGUCCUCAGCGGUGGAGGCAUCAUGGAAUUAUUCGGGAUAUUAAUCGGACAUCUCUAUUACUUCCUAAUGUACAAGUACCCCCAGGAACUGGGCGGCCCCAACUUACUUCAAACGCCCUCGUUGUUGAAAUCCUUCUUCCCCGAUCAGUUGGGCGGCGUGCACACGUUCGGCGUAGCGCCGCAAAGGCCCGCCUCCACCGCCGCACCGGGAGGCGGCAAUCAAAGGGGCGGAUUCUUCGGAGGCCACACUUGGGGUAGAGGUUAUACGCUUGGGGGAAAUUAAUUGGUUUUUCUUUUAAAUUUCUAAUGUAUAUCUAACAUGAUUUAACCAUUAAUAUUUGUUUGUAUAAAUAAACACUUUAAGUGAGAGAUAUCUAAAUUUAACACUUACACAAUAUGAUUUACUAAUAAAUGCUUCCGCUGGUACUAGACAUCGAACAAUGGGGAUAUUAAGCAUCUGGUUCCGGAUAAACUUGGACUAAUUUCCUUGCCAGUUUUUCCGCCAAUUCCUGUGUACUAGCGCAUAGUACUCGCCUUGAAAAUCUCUUUAAAUCGCCGCCAUCCGGAUCGAUGACGACACCUCCGGCUUCUCUUACUAUCAGUUCUCCUGCGGCGAUGUCCCAAAUGUGGAUUCCGAACUCGAAGUAGGCGUCGGAGCCGCCCGCCGCCACCAUAGCCAUGUUUAAUGCAGCCGAGCCCAAGGAUCUUAAACUGGAAUUAAUAUAUAGAAUUUAUGUAAAUUGCAGGAAAUAAUCGUGCAUUACCCGUGAACUACCGGUAAUAAAUUUUUCACAUUCUCGCAAACUGCAUUCAUUCUUUCGGGCUCUUGGCUGGUCCCGCCUUCCAACAUGAGCAGAGCUUCGGAUAAUUCUUUUGUAUCGGAAACGUGGAUUGGCUCGCCGUUUAGAAAAGCCCCUUGGCCUUUUCGGGCUGUGAAGAGCUGGUUCAACAUCGGGUUGAAAAUUAUACCUAUUUC